AUGGCAACAGCCUCAGAGAACAACACCAACGCCACGCGCCCCCAGCGCCAGGCCAAGAAGAGAGCGGCGGCAGCCAUAUGUGAACUGCUCGGAAACGCCAAGAAGAAGCGCGUCGUUUUGGGAGACCUCACCAAUGUCUCAAACGACGUUGCCGUUUCGGAGAUUCAGAAACGGAAAAAAGUUAAACUCAAGAAAAUCGAUGAAAGAAGCGACCCUCGACUCUGUGGGCCCUACGUUUCUGAUAUAUACGAGUACCUUCGCGCAAUGGAGGUCCUACCAGGGUUUCUUUUUCUGGCUCAGGUUGUUCCUAGUAUGCGACCGUUGCCAGAUUAUGUUCAGAGGGUUCAGAACGAUGUGGAUGGUAACAUGCGCGGUGUUCUGGUGGAUUGGUUGGUUGAGGUUGCAGAAGAGUAUGAACUGGUUUCGGAAACGUUAUACCUUUGUGUGGCUUAUAUAGAUAGGUUUUUAUCUUUGAAUGUAUUGUGCAGACAGAGAUUGCAGUUGCUUGGGGUUGCUGCAAUGCUCAUCGCUUCGAAAUAUGAAGAUAUUAAGCCACCUCAGGUGCAGGACUUGUGCUACAUUACGGAUCAUACAUACUCUAAGGAAGAGAUUGUGAAUAUGGAAGGCGAUAUAUUGAUGGCUUUGAAGUUUGAAUUGGGUGCCCCUACAGUGAAAACAUUCUUGAGGAGAUUUUGUAGAGUUGGUCAAGAGGGUGUUGAUACUUCUGAUCUCCAGUUUGAGUUCCUUAGCUGCUACCUUGCGGAGCUAAGUUUGUUGGAUUAUUAUUGUGUAAAGUUCUUGCCAUCUUUGGUGGCCGCAUCUGUUAUAUUCUUAGCAAGAUUUAUGUUAAGCACAAAGACACAUCCUUGGAAUUCGUCUCUCCACCAACUCACUAGAUAUAAACCUGUUGACUUGAAGGAAUGUAUUCUAAACAUACAUGACUUGUAUCUCAGAAGGAGGGGGCCUUCUUUGCAAGCUGUGAGAGAUAAAUACAAACAGCAUAAGUCUAUGUUAGUAGCACGCUAUAGCAGUGGGGUUGGUGGAACAGGGUAA